CACUUUAACCCACUUGAAGUGUAGAUGAUUAUAUCCUUCCACGUGAAAUUCAUAAACAAUAUGACAGAGCUAAAGAAUAUCAAUAUAAAUAGCAGAACAUUUGUCACAGACAUAAAUGAAGGUACACAUACAAAGCAUGGUGAGAUUUCAAGUAGCCAAGUACCGCAUGGGAAUGGAAGUGAAGACGAAUUCAUAUUUGGGGGAAAUGAAAACGAUGCCACAAAAGACAAUUGCGUUACAAAUCCAAUGAUUUAUGGAAUAGAGGAUAAAACACCGAUUCACCUUGCCAUUAUUUAUGGCUUGCAGCAAGUUUUACUAAGUCUGAGUGCAACAAUUGCGAUACCUUUACUCAUAUCAAGGAAUAUUUGUGCACGUGACGAGGACGUGAAUGACGUCACUGUUAAGAUACUAGGCACAUUUUUAGUGACGUGUGGAAUAGCUACAUUUCUUCAAAGUACAUUUGGAGUAAGACUGCCCAUCAUACAAGGGGGGUGCCAUUCAUAUAUGGUGCCAUUCUUUUCCCUCAUGUCGCUAGAGAAAUGGAAAUGUCCAGAAUUGAACAAUAGCACUGUUAGCGCAGCAGGUUACAAUAUCACGCCAAUGGUUAAUAUGACAUCAGCAAUGGAUAAUGCAACAUUAGCAAUGAAUAAUGUGACAUCUACAGCCUUCGACAGUGCAUCAGAUUAUGAUAGCGAUGAAGUAUGGAAAGCCAGAAUAAGAGAGCUUCAAGGAGGAAUUAUGUUGGCGUCUGUCACUCAAGUGGUUAUCGGAAUGACAGGCUUGUUUGGUGUGAUAUUAUCAUUUGUUGGACCAUUGACGGUUGUCCCCACUGUGUCGUUAAUCGGAAUAUCUUUAGCUGAUAUUGCAGUAGAGAAUAACAAACAACAAUGGGGAAUAGCACUUUUAACCAUUGGUUUGAUCAUCUUGUUUUCACUCUUUCUAAAAGACAUACAGUUACCUGUACCAGCGUACAACAAAGAGAAGAAAUGCCACACGAAGAAACUGAAUAUUUUUAAAACUCUUUCAAUUAUCAUAGCCAUAGGUUUGUCAUGGAGCGUAUGCGCAAUACUCACUGCUACUAAUGCCUUACCAGAGACUGAAGGCAAGAUCGGCUACAGGGCAAGAACUGAUACAAAAUUGAGCCUUUUGAAAACUGCUCCGUGGAUUUUCAUUCCCUAUCCAGGCCAAUGGGGGACACCCACUGUAAGCUUAGCAAGCUAUGUCGGUAUGAUGGCUGCAACUUUACAAUCUAUCAUAGAAUCUGUGGGUGACUACUACGCAUGCGCAAGAGUCUGCGCAGUAUGCCCUCCACCGGCACAUGCUGUUAAUAGGGGUAUUGCAAUGGAGGGAUUGUCUAGCAUCAUAUGUGGCGCAUAUGGUUCUGGCGGAGCAACUACAUCAUACAGUCAAGACAUUGGAGCCAUUGGCUUUACAAGGGUAGCAAGUAGACUGACCUUCCAAAUGGCGGGAUUGAUAUUCAUUCUUUGUGGCAUAUUCGGCAAAUUCGGGGCUGUUCUUACUAUGAUGCCGGACCCUGUGGUUGGAGGUAUAGUGACCGUUAGUUUUGGAAUGGUCAUAUCGGUGGGCCUCUCUAAUCUCCAGUUUGUCCAGCUGAAUUCGACACGGAACCAGUGUAUUCUUGGGUUGUCUUUUAUGAUGGGAAUUGUUAUACCUCGUUGGUUAUACCAGUCACCAGGUGCCAUUCGAACAGGCAACACCGAACUGGAUCAAGCAUUGUUGGUUUUGCUCAAAACGGCUAUGUUUGUCGGUGGUGUAACUGGCUUUAUUUUGGAUAACAUUGUUCCAGGAUCUGAAGAGGAACGAGGUAUAAGAGGCUGGAGGGAACAUACUAUUGCUGAGGACGGGGUAAAUGUGAUGGACAAAACGAUUGAGGUAUAUGACCUUCCUUGGAUAACCCCAUUCUUGAAGAGACAUGCACCAAGGUGGAUACCAUUUUUGCCAUCAUUUGGAGGAUAUCCAACCUGUCGAAGAUGUAGAAGAAAAGCAAAUACAAGACUCUGUUGAAACAAUGAUAUCACCAUGUGUUGUUACGUGAUAUUACCAUAAGUUGUCACGUGAUGUUAAUGUGUGUUGCCACGUGAUAUUACCAUGUGUUGUCACGUUAAUGUCGUUUCAGCAUGCAGACAUUUGUAGCAUUGUCCAUUUUAUGAUAUUUUACAUUGAACAAUCCUAAUUUAUCGCAUUCUUCUCUUUGUAACGGGUCUUUUUGAUAGACUUUUAAUAUUCACUGUUUGUGUCAACUACAAUGUAUGUAAUCUUGUUGUAUCUGUCUCCGACUAUUCAAUACUGCGUGUUUACUUUUUAUUUUAAACAAUCCUCACUUUUCCAUGCUGUGUUCAAUUCAUUUUUCAGGUCAUGCCAAUUAAUUCGAGUUGGCUGGUCACGUUAUGCAAUUGAGAUUUUGUACAGAAUUUCACAUAUACGUUUAUUUUAUUUUGACAUAUACUUUCGUAUGUUACAUUAAUCUUGAAUGUUUAUUUCAUUAUUGCCACCCCAGGCCUAACAGAAAAUAACAACACUUGAAUUAUUGCUUCGUUUUUUUGUUUGUUUACAUACCUUCCAAUUUUGGUUAUGCCAUUUCUAUCAGCCUUUGAUAAUUUGCAUCAUAUCGUUAAAGGUAAAAACACUAACAUAAGAAACUCCAUGAUAAAUUAUCAUCACAUGUUAUUUAAGAAUAACUGAUUCAAACAAAAUGUCUCAUUCGUACGAUAAUGUAAUAGAAACCCUCGUCACAAUAAUCAAGAUGCGAGUAGAUAGUUACCAUUUUCACCACCAGGUGGCUGAUCUAGGGUAAAUAAUAUUGCAG